UGAUGAACCCCGUGAAUGUUUGUUUCAUUAGAUAAGUGGAUAAAUAUUAGUGUUUUUCAAGAAAAACUUCAUUAUUACUAUUAUAUUCAUGAACAAUGAAUUCACCGAGUAUUUUAAAAACUACCCGUCGUUCAAGAGGCUAUCGAAGUUUAAGUAAUGAAAUAUCUAACGAUACGGAUACAGAAUUAUCAACUAUACAUGACACUAAUAACAACAAUAGAAAUACAAGACGUACGAGUACAACAUCAUCAUCUAUGCACUUUGCUACCAAUCUUGUUUAUAACUUAUUAAGUCCUAAAUAUUCACCUGUAUUCCGCAGUGCACGAUUUAAACAAAAACCAAUUCUUAAAGAGACAAAUAAAAGGUCAAACAGAAUUCCUAAUUUACAUUCAUCAAUUUCUUCCGAAACAUCAUCUUUAGAAUCAUUGGAUUCACUAAGUUCAACAGAUUUGUUACCUUCAGUUGAAGUGAAAAAACAUUCGAAGAAAGUAAUUAAACAAAAUGAUGAAAAAGAUAGAAUUGUGGAAGAGCAAAGGAAUAAUAGUUAUCAUUUCAAGGAAUGCAAUCUAUCUGGUAAUAAUAAUAAUAAUAAUAAUAAUAAUAAUAAUAAUAAUAAUGAACAUAAUGGUAUGAAUACUCAACAGUCUUUGAAUGUUUAUGAAGGUAGACAAAUCGAUGAUCAUCUAAGUAGUAAACCUACAAACAGAUUGUCAACCUCAAUCCGUAUUAAUAAUAAAAAUCAUGAAAAUUCUAGUGCAUUUAAUAAAAUUAUUCUCAAUUUACCAAUCAAUCGUAUUAAAAAUGAUCACUUAUGCACAACACAAUCUGCUCCAUGUUCUCCAAUAUUUAUGAAAAAAGAACAUACUACACCGACGCAUUUAUUUCACACUAUUUUCAAUUCAGAAAGAAUUACUUCACCAUAUUUAAAAAAGAAGCAAAUAUUUCAAUUAAAUCCAGUUAAAGAAACAACUAUAUCAUCAUCUAAUUCAUUGUUAAUAUCGAAUGUGAAAAAUCAUUUAAAUGGAAACCUACUGAUUAAGCGAAAUAAAUCAUAUUGUCAAAAAACCUAUAAUAAUAAUAAUAAAGAUAGUAAUAAUCUAAAUAAUUUACCAUUAUCACAGUUAGAAUUAAAUAUUCAACAAUUCAAAUCGAUUAAUAAGAAAUUAGAUGUUGAUAAUUUAGAUGACAAAAGCGCUGGUCAUGUUAAUAAUAAUAAUAAUAAUAACAAAGGCAAAGCACUAUUGGAUAAUGAUCAUUUUGUAAACGGGAAAAAUGAACCAGACAAUUCAGUCAAACGCGAUCCCAAACAUUAUUUAAAUGAAGUUCAUGUUGAAAGUGCUAAACGCAUCGAAACACCACCACCAAGUUACUCUGAUUUGACAAUAUUAAAUAAGUCUAAUCAAAAUCACUUAAUUAGCAUUGGUAAUAAUAAUGAUAGUCUAGAUUCUAACUAUUCAUUACUGUCGAAAAUCGAUGAACAAUUAAGCAUUAAUCAGAAUUCAAAAUAUGCUUAUGAAGCUUUAGACAAAAGUCAAAAAUUCACUAAACAGAUAAACUAUAAUAUUAACAAUAAUUGCAGUGAUAUGACAGUAGUAACAACAAUACCCAGCGCGCAUUAUUCAAGUAAUUUAUCUGCUCAGCGUAGUGAUUCCACAGAUCAAGACGAUUCCUAUCGGAAAGUUGUUCUACAACGUCAUGACACAACAGAACGUUUUGGUAUGCGAUUAGAAAGAACUAAAGGUACCAGACAAGUAACAUAUAUAGCAAUGAUACUACCAAAAUCACCAGCUCAGCUAGCUGGACUUAAAGUUGGCGAUCGAUUAAUACGCGUUAAUGAACUAGAGACAGACCAAAUGCUUCUUGACGAGUUGUUAAACUACAUAAGAAAAUCAAUCGGUCCAUUAUAUCUUUACUAUCAAACCAGGCCGUUUACAUCUUAUCUUCUUACAACUGUUAUUCGUAAACAGAAUGGGAAAAUUGGGAUAAAAUUGAAAAGUUUUAAACAUGAACUUCGAAUAGAUGUUGUCCUGCCUAAUUCACCAGCAUCACGUGUUGGUCUACGAUCUGGUCAGCAAGUUGUAUCACUAAAUGGUCAGUGCGUACAUGGCUGGGAUCAACUAACAGCGAUGCAUUGGUUUAGGCAUUAUCCUGAUGGUGUAGAUUUAACCAUAACAGUUUUAGAUGAGUUGGAUAAAGCAGAAAAUACAAUUAAAUCAAGAACAGCACUAGUAUGUGAUUUUUCAAUUAAAAAAGAUAGUAUUCGUGAAAACUAUCAAAAUGGUGCAAAUGAUAAAGCGUUCGACGAUUUUGCUUCCAUUAAUUUACCUUUAAAGUCUAAACAAACAGCAGUAACACAGUUUAAUGAAAAAAGUUUAAAUUUAAAUGUCCCACGUGGAAACCUUUUGGAUUCUUCUUCAGUGACACCAACUAGUUUUAUUAAUAAAGAACAGGAAUCAUACUGUGAUCAAGAAAAAGUUUUAAACCCCCUCUGCCUCUUUACUAAACAUGAGAAGAGCAAUACAACUGUACCUGUUAAUACAUGUCAGUCAGCUUAUUUGUGUACACUUGAUUCUUGUCCAUUAAAACGUGAAGACAAAAAAUUCUACAUACCAAAUCCUGAAGUACUGAGUAAUGAUAAUGCAAUUAAUCAUAGUGAAAUUAAACAAAUCGACUCUCAAGAUUAUGAUCUCUUUUACAAUACUGACCAUAAUAAGAUCGAGAAUACUCAUUUACAGUUUACUGAACCUGUUAUUCAUCAGUAUAAUCUUCAUAAUGAUAAUAACAACAAUAGUCAAUGUAGUUUAACUAUACCAAAUCAGGAUAAGCUAAUAAAUGAACAAAAUUUAAAUGAUUAUCAGUUCAGUAAAAAUAGCAUAUAUGUAAUUGAAGCAGAUAACGAGAAAAUGGAAUCAUUGAAUAUUCAACCAAAUGAUAAUUUGUUUUUAUCAGAUUCUAUUUUAAGAAAUGAUUAUUUGUAUAAAACUGAUUGUGUUUAAGAUUUAUUUGUUGCUAAGUAUGUUCAAAAAAUAUCAUUUAAGUAAAAAAAAAUACAUAUUGUAAUUUU